UUUCCGUUAUGGCGGCGUCUAUCAAGAUGUUUUGCUUGUACAUCUCGGCAUGAUUCUUGUAUUAUUUUUGAUAAACACACUCCCAUGUGUAACGUUACGAUACAGGUUUCAUCGCUCUGCAACAGCCCAGAGUGGAUUUAUAUUAUCUAUAAAUAAACGGGGCAUUUUGAAGGAUGGUUUCCCUGAAAAAUCAGCCCAAGAUCAACUUCCUCAACUACUGCAGUCUUGUUUCCAGACCGGGUACUGCAGAUUCGACCCCACGGCAGACAGCCUUCAUGUGGGUAAUUUACUCGCCAUCAUCGGGCUACUGAAUUUUCAAAGCGCAGGACACACUGGCGUCGCUCUAAUCGGUGGUGCAACAGCACUGGUAGGAGACCCAAGCGAGAGAGAGCGUGCAGCGAAUCUUCACCAACCAUGAACUGACUUUUCCACAACGACUCUUAAGAAGUUUGGCACUGUAACUGUAUUGAACAAGUUAACUUUGUACAAAGACUGGAAUGGUUGCUUUUCUGGCAGAAGUUGGCAGACAUUUCCGAAUGGGGAAUCUGCUCAGUAGUAGGCAUGCAGUGUCCAGUCCAGGUUGAAGAGUGCAGAAGGCAUGAGCCUUACUGAGUUCUCUUACCAGCUGUGUGACUCCUACCACCUGAACCAGAAUCACAGCUGUAAGAUCCAGCUAGGAGGGACAGACCAGCUGGGCAACCUGAUGUCUGGGCACAAGUUCAUACACAAGUGCACCAAUGCCCGGUACCACAGUAACCUUCAGGCCCUGGAGCUGAUGCGUGAUGCUGAGCUGCAGGAGCUCUUCAGAGAUGCCCCAUUCCAUGAGUUGCUGCUGGAGCCAGGGCCCACAAUACUGGAUGCCUGCCGCAGGGCAGAGGACAUCCUUCGGGGGCCCAAAGGGUAUUGCAUGGUUUCAGAAGGAACUGUAUGGAUCAACCACAGUAAGACGGAUCAACCCAGAAAAGACCCCUCGUCCCAAAAUAAAAGGUCACACAGUAGUUCGAAUGAAGUUACUCCUUGCCCAAGCUUAGAAUAUACACCCAGGAAAGCCAGUCCCAGGACUCAAACGUGAAGAUGACAAAGAGCUGAAAAUGUAUUUCCCCCUUUUGUCAUGGAAACCUAGGUGUUCGGUGAUUUUGAAGAGGAACUACAAAGAAAACGAAACAUAUCAAUUCUCCCUAAGGAUGGGGACGCUGUGCAAGCACUGAAUAUAAACACUAAAGUUCUGGCACUCAUAAAGUUACUGCCUCUAAAAGCAGUCGAUGUAGCAGUGUGCAAUUAGGUUUUAUUUCCUUUUUUGCUCUUUUAUUUCUUUUUUUUAACUACCUGUGUAUAUAUUUAUUUUCAUAUGUAGCACAUGAAACAUAUUAUGAUUGGGGAGGGGAAAAAACUAUGUAAAAGGCAUGAAUUUGACUUGAAGAAUUGCGGUGUAGUUUUGUUUCCAAAAUGCUGUGUAUAAAUCCUGAUCCAUUUAAAAAAAUGAUUGGAUUAAAUAAUUGUUCCUCAUCGAAGUAUCCUCAUAGGUCAUCUGUAUGUAGGGAGAGAUUGAUGGUACAUAAUGUGUAGCCUUGUAUUUUGGGUCAUUUAAGUGUCACACAACGUGGGUUCUCAGCCACCCCACGAAAACAAUGCCUCAAAUAAUGAUACAUUUCUGUUAUGACUAAAAAAGUAAUAUGUGAAGUCAGCCAAUAUUUAUUGUAUUUUGUUGAAAAUCUGUAGGCCUGUCGGUCACUUAAAUUCUGGAAUCUUUUUUUUUUUUUGUUUUUACAAGUCUUCCUCUUCACCAUUUAAAAAAAAAAAAAAAAAAAGUGUAGCUAAUUUAUUUUUCUGAAGUGGUAUAGGGUACUAAUUUGCUGAAGGAUAAAAUAUCUGUUAACUGUACUGGUAGUAUUAAUCAACUUCAUACUCGUGUUUAACGGUUCUUAAUAUUUUUUUUAACAAUUAGGCCUUUUUAUGUUUGAAAUGUCCUACAAUACCAAAUACAUGGUUGCUUCAAUACCUCUGUGUCUACGCUUUCACCAUCAGGUUGCCUUGGCAUUGUACUCCUGUUUGAUACAGAACGAUAAUUUAAUUUGUUAAUCUCCCCCUUCUCCCAGACAUUGUUAGUGCAGAUCAUGCAAAUGUAGUUUCUAAAAUAACUUUAAUUUCGCCCAGUUUCAAUCAGCCUUUGUUCAGAGGCUAAGAAUUGUCUCAAAGUAGUCACUGCCCGUGUAAAUCUGUUAAGUGUACAUAACUUUGUAAAAACACUGAGAAAUUAUACUAACUUAUUUAUGUCAAGCUUUUUUAUGUAGAAUAAAAUGGGGUUUUGAUCAAGGUUAUCCAAAGUGGCAUUUACAUAUAUUUUUUUGUAAGCAUAUUUUUGGUAGUUUUUAUUUUAUCGAAAAAGGUUGCAACCUGAGCCUGAUUUAAAAUAUUUGAUGUGCAUUUUUCAAUGUGUGAUUAAGAUGUCUUGCAAUCAAUUAAAACAGAAGAUAAAUCGUUA